GUGGCUGUACGCAAACAGGAGAUUGAAGACAGACUCAAUUCAUGGAUUGUGUUCAAUGAAAAAAAUAAAGAGUUGUGUGCAUGGCUGGUGCAGAUGGAAAACAAAGUUCUACAAACAGCAGAUAUUAGUAUUGAAGAGAUGAUUGAAAAGUUACAGAAGGACUGCAUGGAAGAAAUAAACUUGUUCAGUGAGAACAAGUUACAAUUAAAGCAAAUGGGUGACCAAUUGAUCAAGGCCAGCAACAAGACAAGAGCCGCUGAGAUUGACGACAAGCUCAACAAAAUUAACGACCGCUGGCAGCAUCUUUUUGAUGUCAUUGGAUCAAG